AUGGCUUCCUUCGGCUCUUCUGCCCAAGAAAUUGUAGGGUAUGAACACCAGUGGGAAAGAUCGAUUGCAUCUCCUAAACUAUAUGAUGUAUUCAUCAGCCAUCGAGGACCUGACGUUAAGGACACCUUUGCUAAACAACUGUAUGAUCUUCUUAAGUCUAGAGAGUGCAGGGCAUUUCUAGACCGGGAAGAGAUAGAAGGGGGAGAUUCUAUUCCUUUUGCCAUUAGAAAUGGCAUAUGCUCAUCUCGUGUGCAAAUAGCCAUUUUUUCCGAAGGAUAUGCACAGUCCUCGUGGUGUUUAGACGAGCUGCUCCUUAUGUUAGAACAAACUGAUGCUCUAUUUAUUCCUAUCUUCUACGAUGUCCAGCCGUGGGAGCUUCGUCACAUCCAGAACGAGAAAUCAACGUAUGCGAAGGCAUUUUCAUAUUAUCAAAGUAAAGGCAGAAAUCUUGAUAAGUUGGAUGAAUGGAAAAAGGCCCUCACAUCUGCUGCAGACAUCUAUGGUUAUGAACGUAGCCAACAUCAAGACAAUUUGUGUGAAAAGAUUGUGUCUCGUGUGCUACAAGUAUUGCAAGAGAAGGAAAAGUGGAUACCCCUACAUGUUGCGGAAUAUCCAGUUGGACUCGCUGAACUCGUCCAAGAUUUUGAAAGUUCUUGUUCAGAGACAGUGAAUGACAAAGCUAAGAUAGUAGGGAUCUUCGGACUUGGGGGAUCUGGCAAGACCACUCUUGCAAAAGAAUUGCUUAACAUUAAGCGAUCAGGCUACAGUGCUACAUGUUUUCUAUCUGAUGUGAGAGAAUCACAGGCCAAAGGUGAAUUACACUGCUUGCAAAGCCAGCUCUUCAAAGAUCUCUUUGAUGAAGAUCAAAAGUUUAUGAAUAUCGAUGGAGGACUAGGAAAGCUGAAGGAUCGUCUGAAAAGAGCAAGUAAUCUGCGUUUCCUUAUAGUCCUAGAUGAUAUCGACCAUCGGGACCAAUUAGGAGCCCUGUUAGUUGAAGGCAUGCUGAGUCCAGGUAGCCUGGUAAUUGUGACAACCCGUGACCAAAGUGUGUUAAGGAGUGCAGAUAUCACCAUCAGUUAUAGGAUGAAGGGAAUGAAUAAGGAUCAUGCUAAAGAGCUUUUCUGUAGCCAUGCAUUCCGUGGACAGGAUCCACCCACUGCAUACGAGAAAUGGAUUGAAAGCUUCGUGGAAUUUUGUGGGGGCUUACCCCUCUCACUCAAAGUUUUAGGCGCCCACGUUUAUCGUAGGGAUGAGUUUUAUUGGGAGUUAGAAUUGCAAAAAGUUAAAAACAUCCAGCCUAAGGAUAUAAUGCGAAGGCUUAAAAUCAGUUUUGAUGGUCUGGACAGAGAGGAGAAACAUAUAUUUACAGACAUCGCUUGCUUUUUUAAUAUGAAAUUAGAAAAGAAUAUAAAAAGUACAGCUAUAUCAAUCUGGAAUGCGUCCGGCUGGAACGCUGAACAUGCAGUUCAAACCCUGCAAGACAAGUGCUUAGUUGAAGUAAGGGGCUCUCAUGGUUUCGGGCACUUUAAAAUGCAUGAUCACCUGCGCGACCUUGGAAGACAAAUUGCAAAUGAUCUGGGCCCUCCUCGGUUAUGGAAUCCACACCGUCUUAGAUCCAUGGAAACAAAGGGGUUCAAACAAAUUCUAACAGGAACUAAGGCCAGGUGUUUCCAUUCGUUCCGCGACUCGUCCUUGAAUGCUGCAAUCACUUUUUUUGUAGGCGGUUUAAAUGACUCUGGUGAGAAUGAGCUCCUGUGGCUUGAUAUUGAUAACAAGGGUUGUAAUAUAAAGAACUUGCCUUCGUGGAUUCCUCUACAAAAAUUGCACAGUUUAACUGUUUCCAACAUGGAAGAAUGGUGGAGCUCUUUUGAGCAACAGUUGCAAAACGAUGUCCAGGCUUGUUUCGAGUUGAGAACGCUGAAGAUUUUAAAUUCUCCCUUGCAAAAUUUUCCAUAUUUAAUGGGAAAGUUCAAUUAUCUUGAAGAACUCGAGAUAGCCAGAUCAUUGAAGAAGACUGAUCAAGCACCCCUCGUACAGUCAGUAAAACACCUUAGUAAUCUUAGAUUAUUGAAAUUGCAUGGAAACGGCGUCCCUUUAAGUGGGGAGUUAAAUCUGAGUAAAGGUAGAGAUUCAAUUAAUUUUGAGGCUUCUACAAGCAGCCGCAUGAAUAGGCUCGAAACAAUAGUUUUUGACAAUUUUGAUAACAUAUCAAAGUUAAUAAUUACUGGAGAGAUGUGUCCCAGACUUCAAUCAUUGGAAGUUCAGUCAAUGUAUACUUUAACUGAAAUGCAUUUAAAGCAGUUAGAGAGACUGAAUACUCUUGUAGUGUGGGGAUGUCCCAAUUUGGAAACAUUGUCAGGGUUGUCUUCUCUAAAUGGGCUUCAAGUAUUAUUGAUAGAGAAUUGUGAAGGAUUAAAAUAUUUGCCGAACUUCGCACAUCUGCGUCGUCUGGAGCGAAUCAAGGUUUCUGAAUGUCAUCAGCUGCACAGUAUACAAGGCCUUGAACAGUUGCAGGGAUUAAAGGGUCUGAUAAUUGAAGUGCCGAAUAAUAGAGAUGCAAGUGUACGGAAUUGUAUUUACGGACUAAGGAGGCUGCCGUCAGAGUAUAUCAUUUUAACGCAGAACAAAAGGGAUACAGCAUGGUCCAGAUUGAAUGUAAAUUUGUUUUCUGAGGUCAUAAGAGCCGAAGCAGUCACUGAGAUUCAGAGAGGCUGGACUUCGUCGCUAGAGAUGAAUAACUUAGCAGGUGCAAUCACCAUAUAUGCUUUGAUUAUAAAUUGUCGUAAUCAACGUUGUCUCAAUGGUCUUCAACCUUUGAAAUUCUUUCCGCAUGAGUUUUCACGCGGACAAUGGAUGGUUACAGUUUUACUCACGGCAAAUAAUUGUAAUGCAACACUAGAUGGGGUUACUAUUCAUAGGGGGUUUAAGGCCACUGUCAAGAAAGGGGAGGAAGGGAAAGCCCUAACUGUAUUGCAAAGAAUUGUAAACCGAUUCUAUGGACAAAGUAUUGAUGAGUGUGAUUAA